AUGAAUAAACAAUCACCUUUUUCAUUUUCCAGUGCAAAUACUAUUGAUAAAAAUAAAACUAAAGUAAAUAAUAAUAAUUUUAAUGAUUCGACGGUUAAAAUUAAAAAAGAACCAACUGAAGAUGAAAUUAAGGAUUAUGCUGCUAAGGCAAUGAGCGAAUUAUUGGGCUGGUACGGAUACGGCAAAGUAGACAGCAGAUGCACACGUGGUCUUAAUUUAGAUCAUUUCGCUUCAAGACCGCGGGGAAUUUAUCAAUCGAUAUCCCGGCAAUCACCGUUGGAUAAUCACAGACCGAGUAAUUAUACUGAUGACAAAGGAUCAAGUAGUUCUUCUAUUAAUUUACAAAAGAGAUCAUCACAGUCACCCCGGUCGCGAAUGUCACGGUCGCCGGUUAAUAAAACUUGUACUAAUUCCAAAGAUAAUCAAGGAGCUAGCGCUGGAACAAGUCCCAAAAUCGUUGAAAAUAGUGACUCUGCUUCGGAUACUCCUGAACGCUCGACAUCAUGUUCGUGGUGUGGAAGGACUGGUGGCACCUGGGAACCAGUAAGUGCUUGUGAAGGCACCAGCAACCCCGGGUUGACCAAUUCCAAUAGGUUCUGUAGUGAGGCUUGCUUUGCUGCUGGUAGACGGGCAGCUUUUAAACGGGCGAGAACUUGCGAUUGGUGCCGGCAUGUUAGACAUUCCGUUAGCUAUGUGGAUUUUCAUGAUGGUGAAAGUCAACUCCAAUUCUGCAGUGAUAAGUGUUUAAACCAGUAUAAAAUGAAUAUAUUCUGCCGCGAAACCCAGGCGCACUUGGCGUUGCACGGAAUAACAAGCGUAUCACCAACCAGCCCCAGUAGUGGUGGAUUGAUAACACCGGAACUGUGGCUGAGAGACUGCAGAUCCGCUCCACCUAGUCCCGACGAGGAAGCACUGAUCGUCGACGAUGAGCCUAGCGACUGGCCGAGUUCCGACAAACCAGACGACGAAUCUCGGGAUCUAUCCAAGAAGAUUACCAAUGACUGUUUGCAGUCUGACAAUAGCAUAAAUAAUAACAUUAACAUUAGUAAUGAUAAUAAUAGUAAUAGUAAACAAAAUGUACAGUACCUCGACGACGAUGAGGAUGAAAACGUUGAAGAAGCUAUUAAAGAGUCACUGAAAGAGGAGGAGAAUCGUAGAUCACAGGAACGUAUCACUGCGUCAUCUAAAUCAUUAUCAAGUACAGAGUCAUCUCACGUUUCAAUUACGCCGGGUAGUUUAUUGAAUAUCAACAACAGCGCAGCGAUAAAAGCCUGCAGAAGGUCAACGAGUUCCUCGCCUGAAAGUUGUAAAGAAUCGCCGCCCACGAACUGCUCGCGCGAGGGAACUAUUUUCAUAAAAGACGUAAGAAAAUUGUUGGUAAGAGAUACGGUUAAACGUCAUAGCCAGCCGAGCUAUCGAUCACGCAGGGUCUCCGGGAAAUCUAUGUGGCUUCCAAAAGCUCAUCAUCACAAUUAUACUCACUAUCCGAUGACAUUUCCAGAGAAAGGUUUCCCCAAUCCUCCCUCCCAUCCAAUACCUCUUCAAUUUAUCAGGAGAAAUUACCCAGACAAUUCUUCACCGCCUCCGCAAGUUGGAUCUCCUCCGUCUCCAUUGCAUACGGGAGCUUCCAAGGUUUUAAAUAAUCCCGCGGGACUGUUACCGCCGGUGACUGUUCUAGUUCCUUAUCCGAUACCCAUACCGAUACCUCUGCCAAUUCCAAUCCCCAUUCCGCUAUUUGCUAAAUUCUUCAACUCAACAAACUCUGAGACAAAAAAAUCUGAAAAAACAAAUCCGUGUAGUAAUGGUGAAACAACAGUUCCUCAAGACCUUUCACGACGAAGCCAGCCGAUGCAGGCCAAAAGUCCGUGUUUAGCAAAUUCGUCGAGUGAAAAGCUUAUUAAUCUGUCGGAUUCAUCUACCUCGUCAUCGCCGGUGUUGUCCAUGACUUCCACGGGUGGGAACUUUUUCGCAGUCGGAAAUAAAACGCAGGCGAGAAAUAACAGUCCCAGGCCUCUGAGAAAACGGAGACGUCUUACAUCUGGGUCUGAUCAGGACAUCAGACUCAAACGACGAAAUAAAUUUGUACACGUUUAA